AAUCUUUGGUGGUGUUUGUGCAAAGGCGAUGUGGAAACUACAAAUAAAAAAUGGAAGGAAAACCCUAAAGUCGGAUACAGGGUGUUAGAGUAGAUGAAAUAGGACACCAAAUCCAAGCUUAUGCCCUUUAUUGUGGGAUUUCUCCGACAGGAAGCAAUUCCACAGAAGGGGCAAAUUCGCAGAAUACUUGAAGGGCUGGAGGAGAUCCACUAGAGAAUCCCAGUGGGAAGGAACAUGCCGAGUGGGACUUCGAUCUCUACAUGGACAUCCUGCCGGUCGCGCCCUCGCAAAGAAACAGAACCACCAGUAAUACGAUCUCCGACGACCUCUUCAUUAGGACUCCGGACACCAAGACCACCAGCUACUUGGCAGCUAAGGCGCAGCUGGAGGACCCGCUGGCUUCUAUAGGGAAGAGGAAAAUAGGGCGCCCGCUAAGGAACAGUUGGAGAAGCCAUAGCCAGCCUCUGCCAGUAUGCUGGGCGGCUUCUUGCAGAAUCAGCGGAUCAACCCCGUUCUCCCACUUCCUCAAGGUCCAAUAUGCCUAUUGGGACUCGGAACUGUACUGCGGUGGAGCGGGAAAGAUGGCAAAGCAUCCGUGGGACGAGAAGGAAGCUUUAAUCUACUAAUUUACACAAAUGAAAACAUUCGUUGAGCAUUCCAUUUAUUAUACCCGUUACUCGUAGAGUAAAAGGGUAUACUAGAUUCGUCGGAAAGUAUGUAACAGGCAGAAGGAAGCGUUUCCGACCCCAUAAA